GUGGAGGAAACUGCUCUCUCCCCAACACAUGCUCAUGCUCGAAUGGGUAUACUGGAACUGAAUGUCAAAUUACAGCAUGCUUUGGAAAAUCAUCAGCAUCUUCCAACGUUUGCUCUGGAAAAGGAGCCUGUUUAAGUUCUAAUAAUUGUACUUGUAAUGCAGGAUAUUUUGACUCAGAGUGUCAAUCAUAUUUGUGUGCAGGUGUUAAAAACACAGUGGGAAAUGCAUUAUUCGGGCUCGGUUGUGGUAAUGGAACUUGUGUAGGUCCAAAUUUAUGUUCAUGUAAUUUAGGAUAUGUUGGAAGUAAUUGCCAAUAUACUAUCUGUAAUGAUGUAGCCUCAAACAACAGUAAUAUUUGUAGCUCAAAUGGGUUAUGUAUCUCACCUGAUAUCUGCCAAUGUUUCAAUGGAUGGUAUGGCCAGAAUUGUGAGAUCACAAGAUGUUUCAAUUAUUCCAGUAAUGAAUCUGCUGUUUGUUCAGGAAGGGGAAAGUGUUCGAAUUAUAAUUUAUGUUCCUGCAAUACAGGAUAUACUGGCCCAAAUUGCGAUAUUGCUGUUUGUUAUGGAAAAUUGCAAAAUGACACCACCGUUUGUUCCUCUUUUGGUGAUUGUAUUUCCUAUAACAACUGCCAAUGCAAACUUGGAUAUAGAGGAAACCAAUGUCAAUUUCUGCAAAUUGACUUGGAUGGGCCUAAUGCAAUCCUUUCAGCUUCAUAUCCUCCAAUACUGGCAUACAUACCAUCUAGUACCAAAUAUUGUCAAGAUUUCUUCUCACAAAAUGAUAUUUUAUCCUUUGGAGAUUCUUCCAUGGUUAGUUGUGAUUUCACUUCUCAAGGCUUGAGAAUUUAUCUUGGUUUCAAUCAUUCUAUAACGCACGGAACAACAUUGAAUCUAAUACCAAGUAAUGUGGUGUUACAAGUGAAUGCAAUGGGUGCAAUUUCUAUUCUAUCGACAGCAUCUGGAAGUUCCCUUAAUAGAGUCCUGUCACCACUAACACUCAAUCAGCCACUCAUAGUAAGAUCAAGUACUAGUAAUCUAUUCUAUGGUUUCAAGUCCAUUUCACAAGUUUGGAAUUGCAAUAAUUGUCCUUCACAAAUUCAGUCUCUAUUUCUUAAUAACACAAACAAUCCUGUGUCAUCAUUCCAACCAAUUACCUAA